UGUUGGCAGAGGGGCGGGUUUUGCGUCCCGCUUUCGAGGGAAGGCUGUUGUUAUAGCUCUGAUCCCGGGUGCCGGUAGUAGCCAAAGUAGUAGAGAUACGCUACCCCCUCACUCCCGCCUGGUGUCCGGUUUAAGGGGUGGAGCCAGGAGAAUGAAUUUGGUAUCGAGAGCUGAAUUUUCUGUUGAAAAAAACAAGAGGAAAAAAAGAAGAGAAUUAACUGAAGAACAGAAGCAAGAAAUUAAAGAUGCUUUUGAGUUGUUUGACACAGACAAAGACAAAGCUAUAGAUUAUCAUGAACUAAAGGUGGCAAUGAGAGCCUUGGGUUUUGAUGUGAAAAAAGCAGAUGUGCUAAAGAUUCUUAAAGAUUAUGAUCGUGAAGGAACUGGAAAAAUCACCUUUGAAGAUUUUAAUGAAGUUGUGACAGAUUGGAUACUUGACAGAGAUCCACACGAAGAGAUACUCAAGGCAUUUAAAUUGUUUGAUGAUGAUGAUUCAGGUAAAAUAAGCUUAAGAAACCUGCGCCGUGUAGCUAGAGAACUCGGGGAAAACAUGACUGAUGAAGAACUUCGAGCAAUGAUUGAAGAAUUUGAUAAAGAUGGUGAUGGAGAAAUCAACCAGGAAGAGUUUAUUUCUAUCAUGACUGGAGAUGUUUAGCAUUACAAGAAAAGAAGUGAACUUGGCACAAAAAGGAAGGAUUAUUGGCUUUCAGCAUUGAAGCUGCCACCUUUCUGUUUCAAUUAAUUUCUGUAGCAGGAGCCAUGCAAAAAAUAAUAAAAAUUUUCCUCAAAGGACCAAAAGAAACACAAAGUAUAUGUAUUAAGAGGUUGAUAUUUUAUAUCAUUAAAUUUUAGAAUAAGCAGUGUUAUGUUUGAGUACUCAUUUGUAAAAUAGCUUUGUAUAAGAGUUUUAAAUUAAAUCAUAGUAUAAAACCUUUUGAAGUUGACAUUAUUUUAGCAUUAGCUGUGGCCUUAGUUUUUAUAUAAGAAUUUAACAGACAUCCAUUUUAAUAAAGUCUUCUUUUUAUAUUAUAUAA